AUGUUCUGGUUAGCAGUGAAAAGCGCCUCCGGCAAGACCUUCGACCGAACCUUGUGGAAGACCACUUCCAGAAUUGUCCGGGGGUCUCUGACCCCUCAGUGGGACGAAGCGUACUACUUCUCUCUAAAGGCGAGAGCUGACGUAAGUGAGCUCUUCAUCUACAUCCGUGUUCUGGAUUAUGACGUUGUGGUCAGUGACGACUUUUUGGGGCACUGCUCCUUCCGGCUUCUGGAUGCGCUCUCACCACAGAACGACGUCAGUGCCGGCUGGCGGGCCUUGUUACAGAGCAGCCGCAGUGCACUGGAGCGCCUCGCCGUGCUCCGAGACCCGCACCUGACCGAGGCCUCCGGGAAGCCACAGCCAUUCAAGCUGGUGGCACCUUUGGGCCAAGAGAAGACCUACGACCUCAGC